CUGAUAACUCUCGCAACCAGAGGCGCUUUCGGAGUCGGCAGAGAGCCUUCGGAUCCUCUCCGUCGUCUCAAGGAAACAUGGAGGUUGCGCGGUUGUCACGUGCGUUACGCUUAGGUGGACUUUGGGCAAAACAGGCAUGCUUAGCGCCUAUGUCAUCGAGGUGUUUAAACCUGCACGAAUAUCAAAGCAAACAGCUAAUGGCUGACAAUGGCAUUACUGUCCAGAGGUUCAAAGUGGCAGACAAUGUCACUCAAGCUCAGGAGAUUUCGCAAACACUUGAUGUUGCAGAAUUUGUCAUCAAGGCACAAAUACUUGCUGGUGGGAGAGGAAAAGGGACGUUCAGCAGCGGUCUUCAUGGUGGAGUAAAACUCACUAAAGACCCAGCCCAAGUAUCAGAGAUUGUGAGCAAGAUGCUUGGCUAUAAGCUGGUCACAAAGCAGACACCAAAGGAUGGCGUCCCAGUAAACAAGGUGAUGAUUGCUGAGGCCCUGGACAUAUCAAGAGAGACCUACCUGGCCAUCCUGAUGGACCGUUCAUACAAUGGUCCCGUGAUAGUGGCCAGUCCGGCUGGAGGCGUAGACAUUGAAGAUGUCGCUGAAAAGACUCCACACUUGAUUUUUAAGGAGCCAGUCAAUAUACUGGAGGGCAUCACUCACACACAAGCACAGAAGAUUGCAAAGAACCUCAACUUCAAGGGUCCACUGCUGGAUAAGGCAGCUGAACAGAUAGAGAGGUUGUACAGCUUAUUUCUCAAAGUUGAUGCCACUCAGGUUGAAGUGAACCCAUUUGGAGAAACGCCAGAUGGAAGAGUGGUAUGCUUUGAUGCCAAGAUCAACUUUGACGACAAUGCGGCCUUCAGACAGCAGGACAUUUUUGCUCAAGAAGACACAUCUGAAAGCGAUCCCAGAGAAGUGCUUGCAUCGAAGCACAACCUCAACUACAUUGGCAUGGAUGGAAACAUUGCCUGCUUAGUGAAUGGAGCAGGCCUGGCCAUGGCCACCAUGGACAUUAUCCAGCUGCACGGAGGUGCACCAGCUAACUUCUUGGAUGUUGGCGGCUCAGUCAAGGAAGACCAAGUCACACAAGCCUUCAAGAUCAUCACAGAUGACCCCAAGGUCAAAGCUGUCCUUGUGAACAUCUUCGGAGGCAUUGUCAACUGUGCGACCAUUGCUAAUGGAAUCACGAGUGCAUGCCGCUCAAUCAACCUCAGUGUGCCUCUGGUGGUGAGGCUGGAAGGAACCAAUGUUGAUGAAGCAAGGAACAUCUUGAGUUCCAGUGGGUUGCCAAUCACAACCGCUGCAGACCUGGAAGAUGCAGCACAGAAAGCUGUAGCCAGCCUCAAAGGUUGAUCCACAGUUGCCUUCACUAACCAAGCGAAGCUGUAUACCUCUACUGUCCAAGGAAAUUUUUGGGACGUUGGCGUGGCAAGCAAAAAACUCCCCAUACGUGGGCCGAUCCCGAAGAUAGUACAAUGCCGGGCCGACUCGCGGCGGAAGUGCAGUUCGCCAUUAAGGGGCCCACAUGCAUAGCUUCGCUGGUCAUCCUUCUUCACAGAGUGGAAGGGCACUCAGUUCUUUUAACUGCUGUUAUUUUCCACUGUCUCCGCUCAAGCAAUGCUAUCGCUGAUAGUUGCAGUUGAGCUAGACGUAGGGAAAAAUUCUUAAAAGUGCAGCUAUAAGAUAUUUCUGAAAAGCAUGGAAAAAACAUUGAAAAGCAUGUUUGCUUAAAUAUACACGAUUACAACUAUUUUGCUUAUUUUAAUAUACUGUUAUACAUAUCCGAGAAGAGCAAUACUGGCGUUGCCGAGACCAACUGUAAGUCCCUAAGCAUACGUUGAAUGGCUCUUCUAAAAAGGAAAGACGCAAAAUAUGUUCAAUGUCACAGUUGACAUAUUGAGCUGAUAUUGUUGGGUAGCCAUAAACACCAGCAGGGUGCUAUGGCUACCGUGCUGGUGGCAGUGCCCCCAUCCAACUUGGUUCACUGCACGGCAAAUGUGCUUCACCGCAUAACAUGGCUGUACUGCGGCGAAACUGAUGUAAAAAACCAACAACAGCAAUUUUCGAGUGUUCGAGUAAUCAUCUCGCAAACCAAAUUGAAUCGAAUAUUCACACACCUCCACAUAAAAGUGCUGUUCACUGUGGUCCAACACAGUAUCGCAAGGUGUUGGCCACCAGCAUUGUUGCUUGCAUUAAUGCCAUCCAGUUCUCUACACUAUAUUUAGCAUGUAUUGACAUAUAGGUCACAGCACAUAUUCAGCUAUGCACAGGAGGUCUUUGCUGUA